AUGGCAGCGCAGCCGGCACAGCCGCAGGAGUGGGCGGCGGUGGAGCAACAACCGGAAGUGUCGCGGUCCGUCAUCACCUCGGCGAUCGACCGGCUUAUUGAACAGGCACGCCUAGGGUUUCCUUCCAUCAGCCUAGCAGAGUCGUCGAGGUCUGCUGACUUGGUUUUUUCACGCGACGAUGGCAAGGAGACGGUGACGGUGGUGGCGGUGGGGAAGGGCAGCGUGGGCAAGAGCGCGACGCUCAACGCGCUGCUGGGGGAGCGCCUCUUCCCCACGUCGGGCUUCCAGGCGUCCGCGCAUCUGCGCGAGGCCGUGCGCCAAUACGGCGGCGCCACGUUGCACGUCAUCGACACGCCCGGGCUCGUCGACGCCGGCACCGUCAACCGCGCCGCGCUCGACGCUAUCCUGCAUGCGUUGGUGGGGCGCACCGUGGACGUGCUGCUCUAUGUGGAGCGGCUGGACGCGUACCGAGUGGACACCAUCGACUCGCUAGUCGCUCAGGGCAUCUCCCACGCCUUCGGGCCCCAGAUCUGGAAGCGCGCGGUGGUGGUGUUGACGCGCGCGCAGCUUACCCCGUCCGACGGGCGCCCCUUUCCCGACUUCGUGGCGGCUCGCAGCGAUGCGCUGCUGGGGAUGAUUCGCAAGCAGGGCCGCCUGGGGAGGAACGACGAGGUGCCAGUGGCGCUAGUGGAGAGCAUGGAGGGGCGCUGUCGAACCAACGACGAUGGGGAGAAGAUCCUACCGGACGGGCGGGCAUGGUUCCCAUGUCUAGUGGAGGCGAUGGUGGCGGUGGCGCUGAGGCGGCAGCCGGUGGUGCGCGUGGACGAGCGCAUGGCGAAGGGCUUCAACCCCAACCGCGCCGGCAAGCUGCUCAUCCCCUUCCUCCUCGCCCUGCAGGUGGUGCUGGUGGCGCUGCCACUGAGGAGGGCCAUGGAGUGGGACAAGUCAGAGGAGAAGCGGCACCGGCCGCGGUGGGAGGAGGAGGCAGAGGACUACCGCCGCUCCUCCGCUGCUGCUGUCGCCCGCCGCCGCAUCGCCGCCUUCCAGCAGCAGCAGGGCAAGACCAACCCCAAGUGA